AUGAAACGAGCCAUCCGCCUGGUAAAGACCCCCUGCAUAACGAGAGUUGGUACUUUGACGUUGCGGAUACCAAGCAGGGAAUCGGUCUUUGGAUCCGUUUGGGCCUCACCCCGGACCAGCCAGGGUCUUGGUAUACGGCAGUGCACUGUAUGCGGACCUGGCCGGCCUGCGGUCGCCGUGGUAGACUUUCAGGUCUCGGUUCAGGACGAUCUCACGAUCAACACUGACCGAAUAAACGCGACGCACACGGUGGAAUCGCCCCUCGCGAGAUAUCGAGUGAGCUUAACCGGCCAUGGCGAAUCCUUCGAUGACCCCGCAGCUCUUCUACGCGCUGAAACAUGCGGCAAACCCGUGUCCGUGGAAGUCGAUCUCACCUGGCACACUUCGGGGAUUCCGUAUCAAUGGCGCGUAGCAACCCGAUACGAAAUCCCGUGCACCGUGACGGGUACCAUCAAGAUAGGCGACGAGGUCACGACUAUUUCACACGCAGUCGGCCAACGCGACCACUCCUGGGGUCCGCGGGACUGGUGGGAUGCCGACUGGGCAUGGACAGCCUUCCACCUCGACGACGGCACACAUCUACACGGUGUCGAUUUUCGACCGAAGGGAAGCCCUAGACUUGGAAUCGGGUAUAUUCAGGGCAAAGACGUUCCUAUCGCUGAUCUGACGGAUGCGGUUAUCACGGAGGUGGAUGAGGAGCAUCUCAUUCGGGAAGCAGAGGUAACCUAUUCGUUUCCUGGGGGAGAGGACGUUGUGCUUCAUGUUAAGCCGUUGGGGUUUGGUCCCCUGCGCCUCGUGGCGGUGGAUGGGCGUGUUUCGUAUCUACCACGCUGCUUUGCAGAGGUGUGUACGAAGGAUGGUCGUAGGGGGGCCGGGUGGAUUGAAUGGAACCACGUUCAGGGUUGA